UAACCUUUGGAAGUCCUAGUGUCUCUCCAUUCUUUAUUCUGGCGACGAACUAAUCCUCCAUCUUCCCACAGACAGAAACCGGAAAGUAAAAUACUCUGAAAGCCAGAGCUUUCGGAGGUCGAUGCUUACGCCGCGGUGUGGCCCGAGAGCAAUUUUUUGGAGGCUAUGAAGAUGGUGCGAGCGGAGGCAAAGGCGGCGAGAAACGCAAAUCGAUCGUCGGCGUGGAAGAGCAACUAUGUUGCAUAUGGUCUGCUACUCGGCUCCGUUUUCGUGCUCUUCUACCUGAUGGUAUCGACGCAGUUCAGCUACAGCCAAAAAGCCUUGUUGGAGUUGGACCGACCGACGGUCGAUUCAGCUGAAACAAUUCUUCCAAAGCAUGGAAGGAAUCAUCCACGGCAAGAAGAUGUGAUCAGAACAAUGGAAGACUUCAACAGGGAGGAGGAGGUGGCCAAAGCGCACACGGAACAACGCCAUCAAGAGAAACAGGGCGAAAGCGAGCAGCAAUGGGCACAGAAGAACUCGAUCGAGGAGCAAUCAGGCCACGAAAUGAAAUCUGACAAUUGGGAGGAGAAGCACCAAUCCGAGAAAGAGGAGUCCCUUGAAGAAUCAAAGCAAUUCGGAGGAGGAACGGACGACUACAACAAUGUCGCCGACGCCAAGCCGAUCUGCGACACGUCGUUCGGCAAGUACGACGUCUGCGAGCUGGACGGCGACACGCGAGCCCGGGGAGGCCCCGGCGCCACCGUCACGCUCGUCUCGCCACGCGCUCCGCCGAAGGAGUGGGCGAUCAAGCCUUACUCCCGCAAGUACCUCGACGGGCUGAAGGCGGUCACGGUGAAGUCCGUCCCCAACCCCGAGAACGCCCCGCAGUGCACGACGCGGCUAAACAUCCCGGCGAUGGUGAUCGAGCUCGGCGGGCUCACCGGCAACUACUGGCACGACUUCACGGACGUCCUCGUCCCGCUCUUCAUCGGAGCGCGCCGCUUCAACGGGGAAGUCCAGCUCCUGGUCGUCAACCUGCUGCCGUUCUGGGUGGACAGGUACAAGAAGAUCUUCGGCAAGAUCUCGCGCCACGAGAUCGUGGACUUCGAGAACGACGACGUGGUCCGGUGUUACCCGCACGUCGUCGUAGGCUACGGCAGCCGGAAGGAGUUCACCAUCGACCCCUCCCUGGACGAAACCGGCGGCGGCUACACCAUGGUUGACUUCACGAAAUUCCUGAGGAGCGCCUACUCGCUGCCGCGUCACCGGCCGAUCAAACUCGGCGAGGUUCGUCCGGCCGGCGGGCGUCGUCGGCGUCCGCGAAUGAUCAUCCUGGAGAGGACGAACAGCCGGAAGAUCCUGAACCUUGCGGAGGUCAUCGCGGCGGCGGAGGCCGUGGGGUUCAAGGUGAUCGUGGCUGGGCGUCCAAGGGCCAGCUACGACGCGUUCACGCGGGAGAUGAACUCCUUCGACGUCAUGGUCGGCGUGCACGGCGCCGGGCUGACCAACUGCGUGUUCCUGCCCACGGGGGCCGUGCUCCUGCAGAUCGUGCCGUACGGCCGGCUGGAGGAGAUCGCCCGGACAGACUUCGGCAACCCGGCCCGCGACAUGGGGCUCCGGUACAUCGAGUACAGCGUCGCGGCGGAGGAGAGCUCGCUGAUGAACGUGUUCGGCAAGGAGCACCCCAUCAUCAAGGACCCCGCCGCCGUCCACAUGAGCGGGUGGGGAAACGUGGCGGAGUGGUACCUCGCCAAGCAGGACGUACGGAUCAACGUAGAGAGGUUUAAGCCUUCUCUCAUGCAGGCAUUGAAGCAGUUGCAGUAGGGAGUUUCAUUGAACAAAGAUGAUAAGAUUCUUUUCUUCAUUUUCCUUGCUGAUUGUACACCUCCUUUGCUCAAUUGUACCCAUCGACCAUGUUAGAUUUUGACAUAGUCAGAUAGAGUAGUUUUAGAAUGAACAACUCUGAUUGUUAUUUUCUGUUUAAAUAUGUCGGUAAAUACAAGAUAUAUUAUGAAGUUAUUCUUCGUAAGAAAA